GUAACUUUGAGUGAGAAAUAUGAAGACGUCAACCACACUCGUGCUGCUAAUACACUUAUCUCUUCACACCGUCGAUGAAGGCUUCGCUAUUAAUCCCAGUUGUUCCUGUAUUCGGUUCACAUCGGGCGGCGCUGGCGAACCUCGCGGGACUUUCAGCAGUCCAGAUUACCCGCGAGCGUACCCACGCUCCCUCUGCUUGCUCUACACUUUCCUGGCUCAGCCUCAUCAGAUCGUUGAGAUCGUGUUCACGGAUUUUGACAUUCAGAAGGAACAUCUUGAUUGUAACCGAGGUGACUACCUGAAAGUGUAUUCAGAAGUUGGUACCCACGGGCCAGGGCCACCUGGAGUCAAUGAACAUUCGAAGUGGUCCAGAAUCUUGUGCGGGAACAGAAAUGAUGCCCCACCAGCAUUAUACUCGCAUGGUUCAGCACUUGUUCUAGAACUAAAUAGCGGGGAAAAGGAAUCAAACUCUACGGGUUUUAUUGGAACAUAUAAGUUUAUAGACAGACGUAAUUUCGAAACAGACGGAGUUCUAGUAUCAGAUUCGGACUGUGAUUAUGUCUUCAACAGUCACUCAAACAGGCCUAUCCAGGGAAAAUUCUACAGUCCAAGAUAUCCUUCGAGUUAUCCUACCAAUUCACAAUGCUAUUAUCAUUUUCACGCAAGGAAAAAUGAGAGAGUGAAAUUAGUUUUCGAAGAAUCAUUUCUACAGAAAAGCGACGAAAGUUGCCUCAACCGCGCAGACACAAUUAAAGUUUUUGAUGGGAAAGUUGCAACCGCACCGGUCAUCGCAAUGCUUUGCAACGAAAUUAUAGGUUAUGAAAUUUUAUCUACGGGUCCAGACUUAUUGGUAGAAUUUAUUGCGAAGUCCAAGACGCCCGGUCAGGGAUUUAAGGCGAGAUACCACUUUCAACCAGAUGAUAGCUCUAUUGAAGAUGUUGUAAAAUCUUCUGAAGGGACUUCUGUUGGUCCAGCAGUUAGUGCCGCUACAUCAUCGUGCCAUCAAGUAUUCAGAUCGGAUAAGAGUAGGAGCGGCAAAUUGAUCUCUCCUUUAUACCCAUCGCCGUAUCCGCCUAAAACGCACUGUCAUUAUGACUUUUUGGCCCGCGGUAGGCAGAGGGUGAGACUGCUGUUCGAAGACUUCAGCCUUCAACGGGUUACAGGCAAUAUUAUUGACUGUGAAAGCAUGGAUUCACUGGACGUGUUUGUGGAGGUGGACGGGAGAUUAGAGAAAAUGGCGUCGUUUUGCGGUAGUGACGUACCUAAGGGCAUCAUGUCCAAUGGGCCAAAACUUGCUGUAGACUUCAGGGGAGUUUACUCGUCCCGGUACAGCAGGGGCUUUAAAAUAUCCUACCAUUUUGUUGAAGAUUACGGAAUCUCAACUGGAAAACAGCUGUUGGAGUACCCCUGCGCAUUCGUAUACAAUAGUAGCGUAAAGGCAAAAGGUGUGGUGACGUCACCAAAUCAUCCAGGAUUGUAUCCACGAGAUACGGAGUGCAAUUACUUCUUCCACGGGACUAAGGAGCAAAGAGUGCAUUUACAUUUCACACAUUUUGAUGUAGAGGGCGUGCAUCCUUGUGAAGCUGUAUCCGCCAGCGACUACGUACAGGUAUCUAAUGAUGGUUCACGCGGUAUCAGACACUGUGGCCAAUUAAAAGAAUUAAAAGUCACCUCUAAGAAGAACAUCAUGAGAAUAACAUUCAAAUCUAACGACCGACUGGACGGGACCGGCUUUAAAGCAAAUUAUAUAUUUCUUAAAGACAAAGAAAUGGUUAGCUUAAAUAUGCCUGCCGUUGGCAGAACAGAUUCACUCAAAUGGUCGUGGAUGUUAGCAUUAUACGUAAUCCUCUUGUACCUAACCCUGAGAUAGAUUCCUACAGAGAUAUAGAAAAUAAAUUAUUACUGUUGAUA